AAGCAAGUGGUUUGACGAAUUGAUGUUUUGUUCGCAAAAUAUUUGCAAAUUUGCAUCAGAAUUCGAGGAGCUGAUUGCCAUUCUGCAUCGUGCCUACGAUAAUGUCAUAGUUGAGAUGGAAGAACUGAAAGCCAAAAGGAAUGAGACAUAUUCGUUAUCUCACGAAGAUGCCAACUUGGAAUCUGUUAACGAGCUUCAAAGUCCUCCAAGGGUUCGAACAAGAGGACGUCCAAAAAAUAGGCUAAGUUCAAAGUUGGACAAACAGAUUGCAAAUGCCUCUAAGAAGAAGAAAACGAAAGCUCUAAACGAGUUAAACCUGAUGCUGCAUCAGUGGUGCAACCAAAUUCCAGCCAAUAUCACGGAUAUGUUAUGAAUUAUCAGUUCAGAAAACCAGCAACAGGGGAUAGUUUUUUGUG